AUGGCUUCCACAAUUUCGCCACCUAUAUUCCACGCUCUCUCAGUCCACUGUGAGCACACUUCCCACCGUGGACGAUCUGUCAAGGUGCAUGUUAGUAAACCUGCGCCGGUAGUUUCUCUCUCGAACCGGAGGCAGCUUCUGUUCUUUCUGACUACAACGACGGCACUGACAGUUAGAGAGCGGGAAUCGAAUGCGGAGGAUAUUCCGUUGUUCGGUUUUAGAAAGAAGUUGAAGAGCGCGGAGGAAGAAGCGGUGGAGAUCGUGAAAGAAGGAUUGGAGACGGCGGAGAAAGGGCUGGAGACGGCGGAGAGAGGGAUCUUUACAGUGGAGAAAGGGUUGAAGACGGCGGAGAAGAAGAUAGAAACAGCUGAAAAGGAGAUUGAAAGUGCCGUUGGUUUUGGCGCGUUGGCUCAGGCUGGUGCUGUGGCGGGAGCCGAGUUUCUCGGUGUUGUGGUGGCUACUUCUAUUGUUAAUGGAGUUUUAGCGGCUGAGGCCCCAAAAUCAUGAUUUUGUUAACGAAAUGUAGUUAUUUAUUUUUAUUUUAAUUAAGUUUAAUUAAAUAA